AUGGCCCCGUCGUCAUACAUCGCUUCAAACAGACCGACAUCUCUGCAGAAUCUCCUCGACACAUCAACGUCCAAGAACGGCACACCGUCGCUGGAUCUCAGAUGGGAACCGUUUCAGCAACACGUCGAAAACUUCUUGACAGCCAUCGAUGCGUAUACCCAAUCCGCCAGGACAGAGAUCGUAGCUCGAGCAACCGAUCACUAUGCUACCGUGCGCGAUAAGAAGGCAGAAAUGGAGGAAACGGAGAAGAGAAUCCAGCUGGAGAGGGAGAAGGAAGGAGACAUGUUGACGACUCUCGAGUCCGAAAGACAUGUCCUGGCCGACCUCAACUCUUCACUAUCACAUCUGCAGAAUAGCUUGACCAAGACAAAAGAGCAAUCAUCAUCUCUCGAGGCGGAACUGCAGGCUCUCAGGAAAGAAGUCAGAUCGGAAGAGACCGAGAAAGAGAGGCAGAAGAACAUGCUGAAUGAUAUGAGGGACAGGGAUACUGUGGAACUGAAACAGAUGGAGGAGGCGCUAGGAUGGAAAGUGGAAGGCAUCAAGGGCACGUUUCUACUCAUGCGAUUCUACCUGAUCGACCCCGAUGAUCCUGCUAAGGAAUUUUCAUUCAUCGUCGAUGUUUCAAAACAAGACUAUACAGUAGUGCCCAACUGUGACCCUCCCAUCCCCACUUUGCCCCAACUCGUGCGGCAGCUCAACGAGGAUCGAGAUCUCUUCUCUUUCAUCAAGAAAGUCCGCAAGUCUUUCCGUGCGCUCAUCCCCAACCCACCAAAUCCAUCCACCAAAUUUGAUGACCUCUCUGGUCCUGGGCUCGGCCUUCGUACACCAGGGCGUAGCCAGAGAACAUUGUCCUCUACAACACCGGCGGCUGCUAGAGAUGUGACCGAGGGAUUGGCUUUAGAUCAUUUGACCCUGGGAAAGUUAUGGGAAGCGUAG